UUCAAAUUCAAAUGUUUGUCGGUGGUUUGAGCGGUAUAUGCUUUAAUCUGUUUUAAUUUAAAAUUUUUCAUAAGGUUAAAAUUCUAUAGCAAGUGUUGUGUAGUGAGGAAAUUAAAAACAUGACAUCAAGAAACGAAGAAAAAGCUAGUGAUAUACCUGAAAGGCUCUAUGAUGUUUCAACUGACACAACAUAUAAACGGAUGCGUUUUUUCGGAAAAGGUGGUUUCGCUAAAUGUUAUGAGAUAGUAAAUGUAGCUACUAAUGAAGUUUUCGCCGGAAAAAUUGUUUCAAAAAAGUUAAUGAUAAAGCACAACCAGAGAGACAAAAUGACCCAAGAAAUUUCCAUCCACAAAAGUCUGAACAAUAAAAAUAUCGUUAAAUUUCAUAGUUUCUUUGAUGAUAUGCUUAACAUUUACAUUGUAUUAGAACUUUGCAAGAAGAGGUCAAUGAUGGAACUUCACAAAAGAAGAAAAAUUAUAACAGAGUAUGAAUGCCGAUAUUACAUUUAUCAAAUUAUUCAGGGAGUUAAAUAUUUACAUGAUAAUCGAAUAAUACAUAGGGAUUUGAAACUUGGCAAUUUGUUUUUGAAUGAUGAAUUACAUGUUAAAAUUGGUGACUUUGGUUUAGCUACAAGAGUGGAAUAUGAUGGUGAAAGAAAAAAAACGUUGUGUGGAACGCCGAAUUAUAUUGCACCAGAGAUACUUACAAAAAAAGGGCAUUCGUACGAAGUUGAUAUUUGGUCUAUCGGCUGUGUGAUGUACACGUUAUUGGUUGGUCAGCCACCUUUUGAAACUAAAACUUUGAAAGAUACUUAUACAAAAAUAAAAAAGUGCGAUUACAAGGUUCCAACAUUCUUGCGUAGAAGUGCUGCAGAAAUGAUAAUAGCAAUGCUCCAAUCAGAUCCAACAAAAAGGCCAACAAUAUCUGAUCUCUUGAAUUAUGAAUUUAUUAAUAGUACUCCAGUGCCAACUAGUUUACCGAGCUCUUGUUUAACAAUGGCUCCAAGGCCUGAUUUAUUAGAAAGUAUUGAUAAAAAUUACGGUGGCCGAAGGGCCCCAUUAGCUGAAAUUCAUGCAUAUAACGUAGAUGAUACAAAAUUGGAACUAACAUUUCUUAAAAAUCAUUUGCAUGACGCUAUUACAGCUUCUGGACAAAUGUCUAGACAUAACGAUGAAUAUCGAAAUGAUAUACAAAGUUUAUAUGUUCAACUUAGUUCUCUAAUUCAUUCAAAACCAAUGAAAUUAGAAACUAAUUUCGGUGAUGAAAACACUGAUCCCGCAGCCAAUCCAUUAUUCUGGGUUUCUAAAUGGGUUGAUUAUAGCGAUAAAUAUGGAUUUGGAUAUCAGUUAUGUGAUGAAGGAAUGGGUGUUAUGUUUAAUGAUACAACAAAAUUGAUUAUGUUUCCUAAUAAAAUCAAUGUUCAUUUUAUCGAUAAAGACGGUAAAGAAACUUACAUGAAGGUAGAUGAUUACCCACAAGUUUUAGAAAAAAAAAUGAAGCUUUUGUCUUAUUUUAAACGCUAUAUGUCCGAACAUUUAGUGAAGGCUGGUGCAGAUGCUGUUAAUCAUGAAAGCGAUUCAAUUUCCAGAAUUCCACAUUUACAUACAUGGUUUAGAACAACAUGUGCUGUAGUAAUGCAUUUGACAAAUGGAUCUGUGCAAUUAAACUUUUCAGAUCACGUUAAAAUUAUACUUUGCCCAAGAAUGAGUGCAGUGACAUACAUGGAUAGUGAAAAACAUUUUCGAACUUAUAGAUUCUCAACAAUCACUGAACAUGGUUGUUCUAAAGAUUUAUAUCAAAAGAUACGUUAUGCACACGAAAAAUUAAAAGUCUUAAUUGAAAAACUUUCAUAAUUUUUAACUUAUAUAAUAUAUCAUCAUCUUUUUAUUUUUGUUUUAAUAUCAAUUUUUUAUUUUUCAUAUUUAAGCUAAGUUUUUCAUCAUUAAGUAAUGAUAUUUUGAUC